AUGGAUUUAGACCUGUAUGAUGAGUUUGGGAACUACAUUGGUCCAGAUCUCGAUGACGAGGAAGAAGACGACAUCGAUGCUACAUUCAACGACCAGCAGCAACACCAACCGCAAUUCGAUGGCGAAGAUGUUGAAAUGGAAGAUCAAGAACGGGUUGAGGAGUCUGGAAUGGCUCUGAUGCAGGUCGAUGCGACGAAUGCUGUCGUAUUACAUGAAGAUAAGAAAUACUACCCUACAGCCGAAGAAGUGUAUGGGCCUGGUGUCGAAACACUAGUUCAAGAAGAAGACACACAACCAUUAUCAGAACCCAUCAUCGCUCCUGUCAAGAAGAAGAAAUUCCAUCUAUCUGAAAAGGAUUUGCCAUUUACCAAAUACAAGAAGGAAUUUAUGGUGGAUUUAAUGGCACAUCCCGAUUUAACUCGAAACAUCGCCAUCGUGGGACACUUGCAUCACGGCAAGACAUCAUUCGUGGAUAUGCUGGUAGCUCAAACACAUGAUGUAAAGUGGGAAGUCGAGUCUGGAGAACGAUACACAGACAUACACGAACUAGAACGAGCUAGAGGGUUAUCAAUCAAAUCUAUGCCAAUGAGUUUUAUUUUGCAAGAUCUGAAAGGAAAGAGUCAUUUGCUCAACAUAAUGGACACUCCAGGACAUGUCAAUUUCAGUGAUGAAGUCACAGCUGCUAUUAGAUUAGUAGAUGGUGCAGUGUUAGUGGUUGAUGCCGUUGAAGGAGUCAUGGUCAAUACCGAACGAAUGAUCAAACACUUGAUUACAGAAAGGAUACCCAUCGUGUUGGUCAUCAACAAGGUCGACAGAUUGAUUCUGGAACUCAAGUUACCACCCAGCGAUGCCUAUUUUAAACUCAAGCUCACCAUUGAAGAAGUCAACAAUGUCAUCAGCUCUGUCGAUCCCGACAUGCGUGUCUCUCCUGAACGAGGCAAUGUCUGUUUCGCAUCAAGUCAAUUCGGCUGGGUGUUUUCGCUAAAAUCGUUCGCUCAAUCAUAUGCUGAUAACUUUGAAAACUUCGAUGUGGAUGAAUUCGCGAAAAGAUUAUGGGGCGAUAUUUACUUUGACGCAGAAAAACGAACCUUCCGUCGUCGGCCUCUUGAUGGCGACAGUCAGCGUACCUUUGUACAUUUCAUUCUAGAACCUCUCUUCAAGUUGUAUGCUCAAGUCAUUGGAGAAGACACGGAAACAUUGAAAGCCACAUUGGCAUCCCUCAGUAUAUAUUUAAAAAAGAAUCAAUUCGGAAUGGACAUUAAACCAUUGCUGAGAAUUGUAUGCGAGCAAUUCUUUGGCGAAGCAUCUGGAUUUGUAGAUAUGAUUGUCAAGCAUAUUCCCUCUCCUGUCCAGAAUGCUCGCAAUAAGGUCGAGCACCUGUAUACUGGUGAUUUAACAUCACUGGCCGCCACGUCCAUGCUAAGUGCCGAUCCAGACGGCCCACUCAUGAUUUACGUCACAAAACUAUACAGCAACGAAUCCUACACCGGCUUUGAUGCUCUAGGUCGUGUAAUGUCCGGUACAGUCAAAACCGGACAGUCAGUUCGAGUAUUAGGAGAAGGAUACACACCAGACGAUGAAGAAGAUUCACGAUCAGAAACAGUCUCUGAUUUAUACAUUUAUGAAUCUCGAUACCGUAUUCCUGUUACUGGAGCUCCUAUUGGAUCAUUGAUAUUAUUGUCUGGUGUAGAUGCUGCUAUAAUGAAAACGGCUACUAUCACAGAUUUACCGCCCAGUGAUGAAGAGCCUGUAUGUAUUUUUAGACCACUACGCUUUGAGGCUGGUUCUGUAGUCAAGGUUGCUGUGGAGCCCAUCAAUCCAACCGAGCUACCUAAAAUGUUGGAUGGGUUGAGGAAGAUUAGUAAGAGUUAUCCCAUUUUGAGCACAAAGGUUGAAGAAUCCGGAGAGCACAUCAUAGUGGGCACUGGAGAACUGUAUCUUGAUUGUGCUCUACACGAUUUACGUCGAUUGUACUCUGAAAUCGACAUCAAAGUAGCUGAUCCAGUAGUCCGGUUGUGUGAGACUGUAGUUGAAACAUCUGCACUCAAGUGUUAUGCUGAGACUCCCAACAAGAAAAACAAGCUCACCAUCAUUGCAGAACCAUUAGAAUCCGGAAUAGCUGAAGACAUUGAAAACUUACGAGUAAACAUUCAAUCACCACCUAAAGUCUUGGCUGAACAAUUCUCAACCAAGUAUGGAUGGGAUUUGUUGGCGUCACGCAAUAUUUGGGCUUUUGGACCUGAUGAUACUGGACCUAAUGUGCUGGUUAAUGAUACGCUACCAGUUGAUACGGACAAGAAGCUAUUAAGUGCCAUUCGUGAAUCUGUUCGACAAGGAUUUCAAUGGGGUGCACGUGAAGGACCAUUAUGUGAUGAGCCAAUCCGAAAUGUAAAGUUCCGUAUAUUGGAUGCUUCUAUAGCUGCAGAGCCCAUCUUCAGAGGUGGAGGACAAAUCAUUCCUACAGCUCGUCGUGUCUGUUAUAGUGCCUUUUUGACUGCCACCCCAAGAGUCAUGGAACCAGUAUACUAUGUCGAAAUCCAAGCACCAGCAGAUUGCGUCUCAGCAGUCUACACUGUCCUAGCACGUCGUCGUGGUCACGUAACCCAAGAUUUACCAAAAUCUGGAUCACCAUUGUAUACCAUCAAGGCACUUCUCCCCGUCAUUGAUUCCUUUGGGUUUGAAACAGAUUUAAGAACACAUACACAGGGACAAGCGUUUUGUCAACAAGUGUUUGAUCAUUGGCAGAUUGUGCCUGGUGAUCCACUAGACAAGACGAUUCAGUUACGACCGUUGGAGCCUAGUCCUGCUCAACACUUGGCGAGAGACUUUAUGGUCAAGACCCGUAGAAGGAAGGGGUUGAGCGAGGACGUUGCUGUUACCAAGUUCUUUGAUGAUCCUAUGCUCAUUGAAUUGGCCAAGUUGGAAGGCGGGUUGUUCAACUGA